AUGGAUUCUCCUAUCAAUAUUGGGGACAUCACUGCUAAUUCCAUACUGCAUCGACUUCAUGAUACUCAUUUAAAUACUCGUUGUAUUUCCACUGUCAAUUCAGCAAUAUAUUCAGGACAAAAAUUUAUUCAAUUAUCAAUCAAAUUUGAUAAUUCAAAACCUCCUUCAGAUAAUGAAAUUAUUAUAUUACGUAAAGUACAAGAUUCAUUUAUAAACAUUAGUCAAUUAUUAAGUAUUUUAAUUCAUUUGAAACAUUUGACCACUCAACAAUUAGAAACAUUUUUAAAUAAUGAAAUAUUAACAAAUGGUGAAUAUAAUAGUUCAACUGCAAUUCCUCAAGUAAUUGAUUUACGGAACAAGAAAGAUUUUAAUCCUCAAUUAAGAGGAAUUUGGAUCUCGUAUGAUAAAGCAGUUAAUUUAGCUUUGAAAUUUGAUAUUUAUGAAUUUACUAAAAAGAUGUUUUUAAUUGAUGUACAUGAUUUUGAUAAUUUACCUAAAGCUACCAAGAGGUUACACGAGGAGGGGGAUGAUAAAGAAGAAGAGCAAGAUAAUCGGAUGUCUAAUACAAGUAUAACAGGCUCACCGGCAAAGAGACAAAAGCUAAAUAAAGAUAUCAAGAAAGAAGAACCAAAACAAGAAGAACAACAAUCAUCACCAAAAGAAUCAUUACAACAUAUCUCAAUAAUCAAUAAAUUAAUUGGAAAGAAUGAAAACUAUCCUUUCACAUUACCUCCAAUAAUGGCCAAUGAUGAUAAUGCAGAAAUUGCAAACCAAAUAAGAUUCAAAUUAGGUGAAAUUUUCAAACAAGACGAUGAAGGUUCAUUAACUUUUCAAGAUAUAAAAUCGGCAUUAGAACCAAUUCUAGAAAGAUAUCCCCUUGAAACGAUUUGUGAUGUUCCCUUAGAUCAAAAGAAACAAACAGCAUUACAUUUUGCUUCAACUUUAGCUUCGUUGAAUUUAGUAUCGGCUUUCAUCACUCUUGGGUUAAAUUCUCCAAUUAGAGGUAAUAUUAACGGAGAAUCUCCUUUGAUAUGUACUAUUCAAGUAACUAAUUCAAUGGAAAAGGGGAAUUUUCAAGAUUUGUUAGUGAAUUGGUUAUAUCUUGAUAUUUGGUUAUUAGAUAAUAAAAAAUGGUCAAUAUUACAUCAUUUAGCUUCACAAUCAAAAUUAAAAUUUGAAAGUUCAAAAUUCUAUAUGACCAAGAUUAUUGAAUAUAUUAUUGGAAAUGAUAGAUUAUUGUAUGAUUUACGAGAAAAUUUAAUUAAUUAUCAGGAUGAUGAAGAUGGAAACACGGCAUUACAUAUUGCGAUUGAACUGGAAUCGAAAUGGUUUAUUAAGAUUUUGAUUGAUUUAGGAGCGGAUAUUAAUUUAGCUAAUAAACGAGAUGUUAAACUGAUUGAUUUCGAAAUUGUUAAGGAUUUAAUUGGGAAUGAAACUGGCGAGGAGUUUGAAAAUGAACAUAUUUUUGAAUUAAUUAAAACUGGAGUUGAAUUUUUAACAAAGAGACUUGAGAUUAAUGGAACAAUUUCCGAGAUUGAAGAACCUAAACCAGUGGAACAGGUUGCUGUUAUACAAGAGGAUCAACAAGAAGAAACGACUGGUUCUUCCUCCACCAAGAUCUUUCAAAGUAUUCAACAAUUAUUAUCCAAUACAAAUACAGAAUAUGAAAAUAUUUUAAAUUCCAAACGGGAACAAAUCAAAAAUCUUGAUAAAUCAUUACAUGAUACAACUAUUCUGACUGCAAAUAACCGAUUUGUGGCCAAGAAAAUAUCAGAAAAACUCGGACAAUUGGAUAAUUUGAAAUUACAAAUUGCAAAUAUAACUGAUAAAUUAGCAUUUGCCAAACAAGAAUUAAAAGAUGUUACGGAAACAAGUAAUGGUGGAGUGUUGGAUGAAUUGGAUGAGAAUAAAGAAUAUGAUGCCGAUGAGCCAUUUUUGAUACAACCAAUAUAUGAAAGACUUGUGAAAGGGGAAUCAGUUGAUGAUUUAAAGAAUGAUCAAGCGAUUUUAAGUCAAUUACAGCCAAAACCAAUCUUAAAAGCUAGAAUAGAUGCAUAUAAACAAAUUAAUGAAAGUUUGGAAAAGGAAUUGAAUACAUUAUUGGAUUAUAGUGAAUUGACAUCUAAAUUUAAGAAAGUUGUGAGUAUAUGUACUGGAGUUGAUAUAAAUGAAGUUGAUGAAUUAUUAGACGGUUUACUUGAAGCAGUUGAAGGACAACAAUAG